AUUGAAAUAUUGAACACAUUCAUCGAUUUCGAUUUUGAUGAUUACGAUUUCUGGAAAAUUCUGGCUAAGAGAUGCUUUUGGCACUGCUUAAAGGAUCUGAAUUAUCUACAAUCAUUCUUCUUAAAGAUGAUGUUGAAUGUAUUGAUGUUUGUAAUGAACAUAUUAUAUAUAACUUUCUUCUUAAUCAUAGCAAACGUUAUGAUAAGACUGUAUUUUUGUGUUUUGAGAAGCCACCUGACACCUAUCAUAAGUUAUUACCUUCAGAAACCAAAGACAGAGUGGUGACUAUUGACGCAACUAAAUAUUCACACAUGUGGUUAGACUUUCAUAACCAUGACAAUAAGUUAGAAACUGGAACUAAUGUUCGGAAAUUGAUAGAAGAACAGUUACCAUCAGGAAAUGGUAGUUUUGGGUUGAUUAUAGAUAGUUUGAGUUUUCAUCUGUUAUUACGUCCACCAUCUUUUACUUGUCAAUUUCUACAUAAUUUAUCUACAGUAUCAUAUAAAGGAUAUGAAAUAAAACAGAUAGUAUGUGGAGUACAUCAAGAUAUAUUUGAUAGUCAGAUAUUAAAACAAAUAGAACACACAGCAACAUCAGUUCUAACUUUUACACCAUCUCCACACAAUAACUCUACAUCUUGUGCCUUACUACAUCAUAAAACAUCAGGAAAAGUAAUCAGGAAGAUAGAAUAUUUUCACAUCAAUGAGAGUUUAACAAUAUCAAGUAUUCGAGAAGAAAAUAAACUAACCACUGCCAUAGAAACAGAAAAUGACCAGGUGGAUCCUGCAUCUAACUUAACAUUUAAUCUCAGUUUAAAAGAAAGUGAAAAAGAUGCCAAAAAUCAGCUUAUUUUACCCUAUACUUAUGAUAAAAAUAGAAAAGAAGCAGCAUUAAAUGAGCCUGGUGGAGGAAAGAUAUUUUAUCAAGCUGAUGAAGUUGAUGAUUUAGAUGAAGAGGAUCCUGAUGAUGAUUUAAAUAUCUGAUUUGAAAUGAGUGGUUGUAUCAACCAUUUCAUGGUGACAAUUUGUUUUUGUCAAAACCUCACUUUGCUGGGUUGAUUUGAGAAAUGCUAAAAUACUACCUCAUAUGAAAAUUUGACAUAUUUUGCUCUGAUUGACAGCAUGUGUAAUUGUGUGGAACACUAAGCAUUAUUUAAAUGCUGUCUUGGCCUUAGAUGGUUUUUUGCACAGAGUGUUCAGUUGCCCAUUAGGUAAAAAAUUAAUUUGAUUACUGUAUUUCCUAAAUUCAAGACCAAUAAAAACACGUAUUGCAUUAUUUGUUAUCUGGUUUAUACUUGAAGUUUAUGUAUUCACUGCUUUUGUGAAAAUAAAAUCCUGUGAUACAAAGAAUAUUUGAUUUUAAUUUCUGUAGAGAAGAAAAAAAAACUAGUACAACAAAAAGUAAUAAUAGACAUACAAUAACAAUAACUAUAGUUAUACUUAUAUAAGCAAACACACCGGAUCAUAAAUAAUCUCUUAAAAUCUGAUGCACAACAAGAAACAUGUUUUGAAAGUUUGUGUAAAAUUCCAAAUAUAUUUAUCAAGGUUAAUGGAGCUUGUCUUCAUCUCAAAAGGUAUCCAUUAAAAUUUACCAAUAUACAUUAGCAUUCUAAUAACACAAUAAAUUUUCAUAAAAUCAAAAUUCAAUGAAACCUUAAGUCUCUAUUGAGUACAUAAGCUUUCUUAAUAAAAAAAAAUAUAUAGGAAAUGUCAAGAGAAAAAACUAAAAAAUCUGUUCAAUGAAAAUUUUUGUUGAUUAAACUCAUUCAAGAUCUUAUCAAUAUACAUGAGCAUAUCAAUUCACAAGCAAUUUUGGACAGACAAACAAACAAAAAGCGGUGACGAUAAUAAACAUCCACAUUAUAAUGUGAGUGUAUAAAAAGGAUAAUUAAUUAGCUAAAAAAAAUUGCGCUAAAAUAAUUUUUAAUUUUAAUAAAACAAGUGUGAAUGAAUUUUUUAAAAGAUUUUUCUAAUUGAUCAAUUACUAAAGAUAAAUCAAUAGACUAACUAAGUUACUCUUUGGCACUGUAUGUUGCAUAUUAUAAUAAUAAAAUACACUACACUAUUUGCGUAAAUUCAAAUUGCACUGUGAAACAUGUGGUAUUUUUUUUCUUCUCUUUUU